CGUCUGACCGGACAGCGGGCAUCGGGUCACCAGGCAUCAGGUCAUUUGGCUCGACCAGGGCACCGCGUCAUCUGGCAAGGCAGUGGGCUCCGAGUCAACUGGUAUGACCGCGGGCACUGGGUCAGACAUUGGAUCGUCUGACUGGACAGCGGGCAUCGGGUCACCAGGCAUCAAGUCAUUUGGCUCGACAGCGAGCACCGCGUCAUCUGGCAAGGCAGUGGGCUCCGAGUCAACUGGCAUGACCGCGGGCACUGGGGCAGACAUUGAAUCGUCUGGCUGGACAGCGGGCAUCGGGUCACCAGGCAUCAGGUCAUUUGGCUCGACAGCGGGCACCGCGUCAUCUGGCAAGGCAGUGGUCUCCGAGUCAACAGGCCCGACAGUGGGCACCGGGUCAUCAGGUACCGGAUUGUCUGGCUCGACAGCGGGCAUCGGGUCAUCAGGCAUCAGGUCAUUUGGCUUGCCAGCGGGCACGCGUCAUCUGGCAAGGCAGUGGGCACCAAGUCAC